AUGGACUUUAAGUAAUAAUAUGAUGAAAUGUGUCAAAAAUAUCAGUAAAUGGAAGAAGAAUAUAAUCAAUUUAUUGAAGAAAGUCAAAUUUUAGAAGAUCAAUAAUAGAAAAAUAUAGAUACUUUAAAUAAACAUCUUGCACAAACCUAAAAUUAGUUAUUGUAACAAAAAGAAGAAACAUAAAAAGCAAGAGUAUUAAAUUUUUAAACAUUAUUUAAGAAUGAACUAUAACAGAUUCAAAAUCAAUUAGAAAAACAAUUAAUAAAAAAGGAUGCCCAAAUUUAAGAGUUUUAAAAAACUGUGCAAUCCUUGAAAUUAUAAAUCAUAGACUUGGAAGUUGAUUAAGAUCUAAAUAAAAAUAAGAUUAGGUAUUAAUAUUAUUAAACAUAGAUAGUUAGAAGAAACAAAUAAAGACUUAGAAAUCAAAUUAGAUAAAGUCUUUGAGUAAUUAGCAAUGGCUUAAACUGAUUUAGAGUCUAACAAACUUCAAUCCUAAGAAGAAAUUGAACGUCUAAAGCAAACAUUAAAAGGUAAAUAAAUAAUCAAUUUUAGAAAAUCAAGAUGAAUUAUUUGCUGCAAAAAAUUCAAGAGUUAGUAUAACAACUUCAAUUCCAGAAGUUGUAAAAAUGCCUAAAAUUGAUUCUUUAAGAGCAAAUGCUGCUGGCUUUAACAAAAGUUUGACUUUAAUAUAAGCAUUGAUUAAAGAUCUUGAUGAUAAAAUGACAUUAAUUAGAUAACCAAAGGCAUGA